UCAACUCGAUUGCAUUUAGCAUUACUCGGUUUCAUGGGUGUUAUGAUGGUUUAUGCAAUGCGUAGUAGCCUUAGCUUUUCUAUUGUAUGUAUGGUUAAUUCAACUGUAAAUGGAACACUUAUAUGGCCAAAAUCAGUUCAAGGAUCAGUAUUGAGUGCAUUUUUUUGGGGAUAUACUUUUAGCCAAAUUAUAAGUGGUUAUCUGGCAAGCUUAUAUGGUGCAAAACUUGUUCUCGGUGCUAGUAUGUUAUUUGCUUCAUUAUUGACGUUGAUAAGCCCAUUCGCUGCUCUAAAAAGUGUUUAUUUGUUUUUGGGAAUUCGUGCUCUUUUAGGAUUUUUCCAGGGCUCCACAUUUCCUGCAUUUCAUACGUUAUGGUCAGUUUGGGCUCCGCCAUUAGAACGAAGCCUUCUAACUGGGAUUAAUUAUGCUGGAGGACAAUUGGGAAAUGUUUUGGUGAUGCCUUUGUCUGGGUUUCUUUGUAAAUAUGGUUUUGCUGGUGGAUGGCCUUCUAUUUAUUAUAUUUUGGGUUUUGGUGGAUUGAUGUGGUGUUUUUUAUGGUUUUAUUUCGCAUCAGAUACGCCAUCACGUAACCGGCGUAUUACUGGUGAAGAACGAAAAUAUAUUGAAGAAUCGCUUAAAGAGACUUUAAUUAAAAAUUCGUCGCAAAAGUACUUAAUAAAAUCGGUAAUGAAAAUUUCAUCAACAAAAUUUAAAUUCAAAAUUCCUUGGCAUGAAAUAUGCACUUCUGUUCCUGUUUGGGCUACAAUAAUUGGUCAUUUCGCUGGAGAUUGGGGUUCUUAUAUGAUGGUGACAAGUCUACCGCUUUUCAUGAAUGAUGUCUUCGGCUUUGAUCUUUUUUCUCUUGGAUUUCUAUCGGCUAUUCCAUAUAUUGCUUAUUUUGCUUCCAUAAAUAUUGGUGGUAUCGUAUGCGAUAAAUUGCGAAGCGCUGAAAUUUUAUCAACAAUAGCGACACGUCGUCUUGCGAUGUGUCUUGGAUUGGGUUGUCAAGCGAUUUUUUUAAUAUUGUCAGGGUAUUGCGGUUGUAACCAGGAAACUUUAGUUGUUGUGUUUUUAACCUUGAGUAUUGGUAUGUCCGGCUUGCAAUAUGCUGGAUUUGUUGUCAAUUAUCUUGAUAUUGCGCCUAAUUUUGCUGGAACUUUGCUUGGAAUAGGCAAUACGCUUUCUUGUCUUGCUGGUUCAUUAUGUCCUUUGCUUGUCGGCUGGCUUACCCCAAAUGGGACAAAAGAAGAGUGGCAACUUGUUUUCUGGAUAACUGGCGCGAUCCUCAUUAUUGGCACAUUGAUUUUCUCAAUAUUUGCCAAAGGAAAUAUUCAACAAUGGCUGGAAAAAUUCCAGUUGAUAACAAUUGAUAAAAAUCGGUGA